AUGGACAAGGCCGUCCACGAUGUGUUAAGCAAAGUACACAUGGCAUCAACUGCUGCCGAGGCCUAUGGCAUUCCAUCGCGGACGCUUCGGAAGCAUUUGGCAAAAGCUGACCCCGGCAUCAUCGAAAUACCAACAUAUUUCGGUCGAGCACCAAUCCUACCGCGACACUCCAACAUAACCAAGCAGAACGCAAUCAAGAUCGCGUGUGACGUUGGACUCACGAUACAAGUCAAGCAGCAAUUACCAACUGGGUUGUGUCCUUCGUCGUUGAACAAGUUGCUGUAUCGGCUGUCGAUUUUUAAGCCUGCCGAAGUGGACGACGAAGCAGUGCAAGCAUCGUGGCUGCAACGUAUCGAUUUGGUUCGUACCCAGUUGUUACUUUUGCCACCUGAGAAGAAGCGAAAAAAUGUGACAAGGAAGACGUUGACGGUUAGUGGUAAGUUUAUCACGGCCGAAUACCACGAGUUGCUCCAAGCUCAAUCGGCGGCGAAACCAAAGCGAAAGAAGAAGGCAACUCAAGUAGCAGCUUCAGAAAUGGCCAAUGAGGUCAACAUUGUUGAAGUAGUAGAAAUUUGA